AUGAGGGCCGACGAAAAUGCCGAGAGGUGCGAGGACUACUUAAGGGAUUUGCUGAUGUGGAGGGAAACGAAGACAAGGAGCUACCUCCUCCAGAUUCCAACCUCUGGCAACGCGCGAAAGAAUAUUUUCAGCUCCCAGAAGAUGGAUCGGCCACCCCUGUUCCAGUCCCAGACAACUGGCAGCAAUCUCCCUGGGAGCAUAUCGAAGACAAGUUGCGGCGAUUACUGCACUUCCGCCAUCCGGAACCAGGGACCUCGUUUUCCUACAAUCAAUGGAAGACGGGCCGUCAUCAUGACAAGGCCGUGGUCGAUAUGGUCCGCGAGCGGAAAGAUUGGCAUCCGGUCACGGCCCCCACGUAUCACGCCCCCCCCCCACAAGUACUAUACCAUCCAGCUCCAGGAUAAGUUCCGCGAGCAUGGUUUACAGAUUAUUGUGAAAAUGGAGAACAUCGAACUCACCCCAGAUAGUGGAAGUUACAAAGGAACGGAUUGGCGGAUUGAAGGCCAGCUCAAUGAGCAUCUCGUCGCCGCGGCUGUGUUUGCAUACGAUGUGGCGAAUAUCACCGAGCCCCGGAUCGCCUUUCGUCAGAACACUAAGCUAGAUGAACGCUUCUACCGAUGCAGCGAGGACCGAGAGCAGAGGCGGAAAGUGCACCCCCGCCACGAUGUGCCAGCGCAACAAUGUGGUAAGUAUGGCUCGACAGAAUUCGCAGCAGUUGCCGAAAUUCUGGGAUUCUCGACUGCCGACCUGGAUCCUUGUUGUAACCACGCAGUAAAAACCUGGCAGGAUAAAGGUACAGUCAGGGUCUUACAGGGGCGCUUGGUUACAUUCCCCAACCUUCUAGAGCACCGUUACGAGCCCUUUGCGCUGGCCGACCCGAGUCGCCCUGGAUGUUUUCGCUUCAUCGUGCUGUACCUGGUUGAUCCUCACUAUCGCGUCUGCUCCACUCGCAACGUGCCGCCACAGCAACAUCACUGGUGGGCAGAGUCGGUCAGUCAUAAUCUGGCCGCGGCCGGAUUGCCGCAAGAGAUCGUCGAUGAGAUCAUGCAAGGCACCGGCAGCUGGCCCAUGGGGUUGCCUGAAGCCCGACGGCACCGGCGUGAAUUCCUGAAAGAGCACCGUUGGAACAAUCUUGUUCGGAUCUAUUGCAUGCGUCGUCCGUCCUUUGACUGUUACUGA